AAGCUCAUUCCUGGGACACUCGACACCCGAACAUGGCCCCCGAUGAUAAUGAUAAAGCAAACACGUUGCAAUCCCGGCUCCCCUUUGAGAAAGAAUCACAGCUCCUCAAAGAGGCGAACCAACUCAAAUCGACCGCCAACACACUCUUCUCAACUUCACAAUACACGGAGGCAAUAGACGGCUACAGUCGGGCUUACGACAAGUUACCAACGUAUCUUGACUACGAUCUAGCCGUGCUAAAAUCGAACAUCUCAGCAUGUUAUCUGAAACUCUCAGAGUGGAAGAAUGCAGUUGAGGCGGCAACAGCGGCGCUGGAAAAGCUGGACUUGGUCGAUCCUCUGCCACAAAGGCAGAAAGACGGGGAGAACAAGAACAGUGCAGAUGCCGGUAAGACGCAGGAUGCCGGCAUAGUCGAAAUCGACGAAACAACUUCUGAGCGACAAGAAAUUCUUGCCGAUGUGUCUAAGAAAACUCUCGCCGACGUCGAGAAACUGCGCAUCAAGACCCUGCUGCGGCGCGCGAAAGGUCGCUCAGAAGAAGGUGGCUGGUCUAAUCUUCAGGGUGCUUUGGAGGACUAUCAACUGCUUUCGACGUUUUCAAACCUUUCGGGAAUAGACAAGGCGACAGUGGACAAGGCCCUGAAGGGCUUGCCUCCCAAACUGGAAGUGGCAAAGAACAAGGAGAUGGCGGAGAUGAUGGACAAGUUGAAGACUUUGGGUAACGGCAUACUCAAGCCCUUUGGUCUGUCGACGGACAAUUUCCAGUUUGUAAAGGACGAGAAGACUGGAGGUUAUAGCAUGAAUUUUAGGCAGAAUCCGAAGUCGUGAGACCUGGUGUGAUUGUUUGGUGCAAAUCAGGCCUGAGCUCGCUGAACUCGCGGGCUUGUUUCCAUAUGUUUGGAUACAUUAUACUUUUCUACGACGGCAAUCGAGUGAUCAUUUUAAGCAUCAACAGGACACAGGGCCAAAGACUCGCUUAGCACAUCAUUUUUUAGUAGACAAGACCAGUAAAAAAUAAGAUAAAAAGACUCUUCCUGAGCCCCGUG